AUGGUCAACAAGGAGGCGUACGCCCUGCCCCAGAUAAUCGGUAGCGCCAUCUACUACAUGCGCGACAACUACUUCAUAGACGACAACUUGGAGAUGCUUAAUGCUAGCACCAUUCUGAAUAUGCUGGAGCUCCUAGUCAUCAACGACGCUAUUACCAAAGCCAUUACAGACAACAAGAGAGACUUCAUUCCCGAGAUCGUCAAGGCCUAUCCAGUGGGCAGACAAUCCUACGCCGCGACCGGCGAGGCAGCCAAUCCGGGCCUCACAAUCGAUACGGACAAGAUCGAGAUCGUGGUCAGACGAAUUGCGGUCUACCAGCGAUGGUUCAACAGACCCGGAUGCGACAUCACCGGCUGGACUCGGAUAAACACAAUAUAA